AUUAAACACCAUACACAAGUCACUUGCAAGAAGAUCUCCCUGCGGCCUGACAUUACGUACGUCCAAUUUCAGCAGUCUUCUAGCUAAUUACUGUUUUAAUUUGGCAUUAAUGGAUACUGUGGCAAGCUUGGCGAGUGAAAGACCAGUGGUGAUUUUCAGCAAGACCAGUUGCUGCAUGAGCUACUCCAUCAAGACACUCAUAACUGGGUUUGGUGCUAACCCUACGGUGUACGAGCUUGAUCAGAUGUCGAAUGGACAUCAAAUUGAGAGGGAACUACUGCAACGAGGUUGUCAGCCAAGCGUUCCUGCUGUUUUCAUAGGGCAAACUUUCAUUGGUGGUACAAGAGAGGUCAUGAGUCUCAACCUCAGGAGCGAGCUUGUCCCCUUGCUUAAAAGGGCUGGAGCUAUAUUUCUCUAAAGGCGGGCAAGGAAAUGAAGCGUAAUUAAUAUAUAUAUAUAUAUAUAUAUCGACCUGAAUAAGGGAUUUCCACUUUUUCCAAGAGGAAACGUGAAGUACUACUUUAUACUACUACUCGGGACGAGAGGUUACCGUUUUUUUUUAAUUUUUGUGUCGGUCAUUUCAAGUGCUAGCUUUUGGUCAUAUUAAUUAUUAAGUGUUAAACUCGUUUUUGUUCAA